GGUGGGCAAGGAGUGAUGACCUUUGCGAGAAGCCGGCGAGGGAGCGGGCCAGAGGCAGAGCGAGCGGCAGCGAGGGAGGAUGGUUGCUGAGAGCCGGAGUAGAGCCGUCCCGUAAUGUCACCAUGAUGUCUCAUGUAAGUGAAAUGUGGUGCUAUCACUGGAAAUGGAAGCUGCAGUACUGUCUCAUUUUGUUAACCACAUAUAUUAUAUGCAUGCAGAAAGCAGCUCAUGGAUGCUACGACUGUAGGAUCGUGCUAACUGACCCCUCUGGAGUUUUCACUUCCCCGUGCUUCCCCAGUGACUAUCCCAACAGCCAAGCAUGCAAGUGGAUCAUCCGAGCACCUCAUGGAUUUAUCGUACAGCUAACAUUUAUUGAUUUUGACAUUGAAGAAGCUCCAGGCUGCAUUUAUGAUUCACUGACAUUAGACAAUGGAGAAAGCCCAAUGAACCUUUGUGGUAUCACUGCCAAAGGAUUAUCCUAUAACUCUACUGGGAAUGAAAUGAUUGUGUCAUUUAAAAGUGACUUCAGUAUCCAAAAGAAAGGUUUCAAUGCCAGUUAUGUACGAAUCGCUGUGUCUCUGAGGAAUCAGAAAGUCAUCAUUCCCCAGGUUCCCGACAUAGAUGCUGUGUCUGUGGCAGAGACUGUCUCAGUGCCAGAUCUUAGCCAGUUUACACUGUGCUUCGAAGCAACCAAAGGCAACAGUGAUGACAACGACGACUGGAAGGUUUUCUCCUACACUAAUGCAUUGUCGACAGAAUUCUUCAGCUUCGGAAAGACCACAAAAGGCCAUUUUCUGUCCGUCUCAGGCACACAGUGCAUCCUUGAGAAUGCAUUGCCCCGAAAUGCAGAGUUUUUCACGGGAACCUUUCAACAGCUCUGUGUUGUAUGGGACAGAUUCUCAGAGACUAUAGGUAUAUAUGCCAAAAGCACCUAUCAUACAGUGUAUUGUCCAGGUAUCUUUGACAAAGUUAUCCCUGGAAAUGGGAGGCUGGUGCUGGGCUCUAACAGCAAUGAAAUGAGCUCUCUAAAUGGAGACAUUUACAACUUCCGCCUCUGGAAUUUCACCAUGAAUGCACAAACACUGGCCAACCUCAGCUGCGAUGUGAAAGGAAACAUUGUAGACUGGGAAAAUGAAUUCUGGAGUAUUCCAACUUCAGCACUGAAAGCAGAAAACAAUUUGAGUUGUGGCUCAUAUCUAAUUCCCUCUUCUUCAAUUGAACCAACCAGUUGUGCAAACCUAGGAAGCCUUUGCCAAGCUACUGUAAAUGCUACUACUCCUACACCACCCACUGUCACCACUAACAUGCCUGAUACUAAUAGAAACGAUAAGCCAAACAAUGGUGGGCUAUUCUACAGGAUAUCUAUAACUGUCUUUAGUUCCAACUCCAACUCAGUGUCAAAAGUACAUGAUGUCAUUGCAGAAUGGUUGAACCGUACUUUCCAGAACUGGAAUUACACUGUAUAUGUGGUCAACAUCAGCAUCCACCCAGGCUCCAUAAAAGAUGGAGCAAGAGAAAAAAGAAGUAUUCAAAGUUUUGGUGUUUUGGCUCUUCUGGUUUAUAAUUCUACCAACAACAUCAAUUUAGAAGAGGAAGACAUCCGACAGAAGCUCAUAAGUAAUAAUCGAACCAUAGAAGAAGGAUAUAAACUUCAUACUGUGGAUGUUGAUCCAGUGGAAAAAUGUUUAGCUGAAGAAAACCCUCCAAACUAUUUUUGGCCAGAUACCAGACCUACUGUGACCAACUUCACGUUUUGCCAUGGGAGCUCAGUUCAGACUGCAUCAAGAACCUGCUAUUUGGGUCUGCAGAAUUAUACAUCAUACUGGGGUCAACCUGAUCUUAGAAAUUGCACAGAAAAUGCAGCUGAUAUAGCCAAUCAGCUUCUGAAUCUCACUGGUGAAGGGCAGCAGCUAACCUCAGACAAAGUAAAUGACGUUGUGCAGAAGCUCAAAAAAAUUGUUAAUGAUGAAGAAAUUGAUGAAUCUCUGGGUUCUACUGUGGUGACCAUUUUUUCCAAUAUUCUAACCAGUUCAGAUAGUGUAUUGGCAGCCUCAUCUUCAGAGGCUCUAAAAACUAUUGAUGCCUUGGCUUUAAAGAUCCAUUUCACUGGACCAUCCAUGAGUAUUUCAACACGAAAUCUCGCACUCGGAGUGUCUUCUAUAAACUCAACUUCAUUCAAAGGUGGUUCUUUCAGUGUCAGUUCACAGAAUAAUGCAUCUGAUUUCCAGAUAGAUUUUGACAAGGAUCAGACAAGUGCCUUUGCCUCUGUUGUUCUGCCACCAAGUUUACUGAAGAAUUUAAGUCAAGAUGAAUUUGAAGUUAUAUCCAGGGCUCAGUUUACUUUCUUCAAUAAAAAUGGUCUUUUUCAGGAUGCAGAAAAUCCUGACAAUUUGACCAGUUUUGUGGUGGCAUGCAGUAUUGGAAAUUUAACCAUUCAGGAUCUUCAGGAUUAUGUGAAGGUUACAAUCAAGCAUACCAAAAUUCAGGAAGAUCCUAAACCUACCUGCGUCUUCUGGGAUAUGGACAAAAACAGUGGCAAUGGUGGCUGGAACCCUGCGGGCUGCCAAGUGGAUGCAGAGUCCAAUGAAAACAAAACAGUGUGCUUAUGCAACCACCUCACACACUUUGGGGUCCUAAUGGACCUUCAGAGAACUGUGACACAAAUAGACUCACAGAAUAACAACGUCCUGACCUUUAUCACUUACAUAGGCUGUGGAAUAUCUGCUAUAUUUUCAGCUGCAACUCUUCUAACAUACAUUGCAUUUGAGAAGUUGCGAAGAGAUUACCCAUCCAAAAUCCUGAUGAAUUUGAGCACAGCCCUGCUCUUUCUUAACCUGAUUUUUUUGCUUGAUGGCUGGAUUGCAUCAUUUGAUAUCGAUGGCCUCUGCAUAGCUGUAGCUGCACUCUUGCACUUUUUUCUUCUGGCCACCUUUACAUGGAUGGGACUAGAAGCUGUUCAUAUGUACAUUGCUCUGGUGAAGGUGUUCAACACGUAUAUACGGCGAUACAUACUGAAGUUUUGCAUCAUUGGCUGGGGUUUGCCAGCUCUGGUGAUAGCAAUUGUUUUAGCAAGUGCUAAUACAAGUGCAAGUCACGUUUAUGGCAAGGAAUUAUAUGGCAAAGAUGCUAACGGGCAAGGAGGAGAUGACUUCUGCUGGAUCAAGAAUGAAAUUGUCUUCUAUGUGACUUGUGCUGGCUACUUUGGAAUCAUGUUUCUAAUGAAUAUUGCCAUGUUUAUUGUGGUGAUGGUGCAAAUCUGUGGGAGGAAUGGGAAAAGAACUAAUCGGAGCCUGAAGGAAGAGAUCCUGAGGAACCUCCGUAGCGUGGUCAGCCUGACCUUCCUGCUGGGCAUGACAUGGGGCUUUGCCUUUUUUGCUUGGGGUCCCUUGACUCUCGCUUUCCUGUACCUCUUCUCAAUUUUCAAUUCUUUGCAAGGUUUGUUUAUAUUUGUAUUCCAUUGUGCUAUGAAAGAAAAUGUGCAAAAACAAUGGAGGAGACAUCUCUGUUGUGGCAGAUUCCGACUGGCAGACAAUUCAGACUGGAGCAAAACGGCAACCAAUAUUAUAAAGAAGAGUUCUGAUAAUCUUGGGAAAUCCUUAUCCUCUAGUUCCAUCGGCUCCAAUUCAACCUACUUAACAUCCAAAUCAAAAUCUACAACAAAUACAUAUUGCAAACGAAACAGCCAUACAGAUAAUGUCUUCUAAGGCCCUUUCCUCAUCAGUGGUGGAGCAUUACAGAGAAUGUUUUUCUUGACAAGCCAUCUUCAAAAUUUGCCCAAGAGGAUGGAGAACAGACAUCAAUCAUCCCCGUCCACCAGGUUAUUGACAAGGUCAAAGGAUAUUGCAAUCCUCACUCCGACAACUUCUAUAAAAAUAUCAUCAUGUCUGACACAUUUAGUCGUAGCACAAAGUUCUAACUGAGCUUAUGAUUUAUUUUCUUUUUAAUCAAAGGAAGUUAAAAAGUCUGCCUGGAAUUGAGAAUAGUGGAUGUCAUAGAAUGUGACCUGUUUAGUUAUUUUUUCCCCAGUUUAUAAUGCUCUUCUGUUAACAGCUUCCACUUAAGGACCGAUUUCUCUACCUUCUUACUGUUGUGGAAAAAGACAAUUUUCCACCAUGGUAUUGAGCUGUUUUUUAAGUGUGUGCCAGCCAACGUGAUACCUGGACAGCUAAUUGUAAUCCUGUGCAAAUAUUUUUUAAGGCUAAAGAGCCACAAGCCUAACUUUAAAUUAUAUAGUCCAAAGAGAAACAAGUCAUGACUCCUGGAGAAAACAGCAGACAUCUCACGCAGUACAGGCAAGCUUUCAUUGAACAGUUUACUGAUGGUCUUUUUCAACUGGAAAAUAUGGAUUUUCCCUAUGACACUUGUUAGAUUCUUGCUUAUUGACUGUCUAGUGCUGACUCUUCUUUAUUCAGAAAUGAGUAAAACCCUUACACCAGUUAGGGUUUUUAAACCAUUUUUAACUAAAUAGACUUAAUCAUGCAAAAGAGUAUACGCUGUAAAUUCAGGCCAUUUUUUGUCCAUGUACAAAGAAACACAAUUUACACAAAGUCAUGUUUCAGCAUUUAUUGAUUGGUAUAUGUGAAAUGCAGCAUUUCCCAUCACAAGUCUGUGUUUAAUGUUCUUUUUCACAAAACAAAAUUGAAGACAUUCAACUAUAUAUAGAUCUAUAAAUAAAUACCUAGAACUCUCUCCACACAUAUUUUUGUAGUAAUGCACACUGUAAAUAUGACAGAGAAAACCACAGAGUGUACCACAGACAUUCUAAAAACAAUGGAUGGUGCUAAAACUUAAGUAUUUAAAUACAAGGUGAAUUCUUUGUAAACCCAUGAGUUCAUCAGUCUCUGUAUUUCAGAUAUACUGUAUGUGUAAACACCUCCAUCAGAUGGCAUUGCAAUAUUAGAAUAACCUGGAUACAUUUACCAAUAAUAAACAAAUAACAUCUUUCCAGGCACCUAAUGUUUCCAGGCAUCCCUGUUGGAUGACUUGAUGGAGGUUGUUGGAGGCACAGAGUUUAAACAGUCUUCAGGCAAUAUUAGGGAAUUUACAUUGCUACACUGUGUUCACAGUGACUGGGGAGGGGGGGCUGUGGUGUGUAUGUGCAGAGAAUAGACAAGAGCAUAAAAUGCUUACUUGUUUAAACUUUAUAAAUAUAUGACAUAUUAGCAUGUGGCCAUGAGUGGCAAAAGGGCGUCUCUCCUCAUUAAGCAUGUUUGAUCCAAUGACAGGGUUUAUAAAAAUUGUAGCUGCACACAUUCCUGAAAGCAUGCACUGAAACAUCACAGGUAUUUUCAAGUACUAUUUUCAGAGGAGAGUGUCCCCUAAUGGAAGUUUUCGUUUUUAAAAUUACUUUUUUUAACCAAAUUAUUUUUAGCCAAAUAUUUAAUUAUUUGCAUUCAGAAGGUGACCAGAAAGUUGUGCUGAGAUUUUUCAGUUGCCAAGCAGGUGGAUGCUCAGUGAUUAGGGAUAUGGAUUUGUGCUUUCUCUGCUCUUUGCACAUGCUUUUGUGUGUAGAGAUCAUUUAAUGCUGUGACCGCACAAAUGGCAUAUUUUCCCUGGCUGCAAACACCUGGUGGGAGGAGGAUGUCCUGAUGGUAUUCCAUCCAGAAACACUGUUGUUGCUACAUGGGCCUUAACGAAACCUCAGUCUUGUAACUGCAGAUACUUACAUGGUGGUAUGAAAAAAAGUCAACCUGAUUCACUUAAAAUGUUAUUAAUAACAGGGAUGAGUGUUGUCAGAUAUCUUUAAUAAGUGAAAUAGUCUAGGGAGAGAUUAUGUACAAGCAUUUACUGAACUUAUAUUUUAUCAUCCCACUUGCUUAACUACUGUAGAUAAUAGGGUUCACAUAGCAGCUUACUGUGAGAUUUAUACCUGAUUAAGGUGUUUAAAAGCAAAGGAACACGAAAUAUUCCUGAAAAAAUAAGGAAUCAAUAAAACAUAGGUAAAAUAAAAAUAUCAGUAAAAUAUAAAUAAAAAGAAAACACAGUAUCCUGAAUGAAGCUGAGCUGUAACCUAUCAGUUUAAUGUACAGCUACUAUAUUUUUGCCGAAUUAAGAUUUUUUUCUUUUUUUUUACUACCAUGUAGUAAUCUUAAACUGUCUAUGUCAGCUCUUGAAUGCUCUCAAUUCUACAAUGUAAAGCUUCUGUUUUGUAGUUGACAUGCUGUAACCUCCCUUGUAUAUAUUUAUUUAUUUGUGAGGUUAGAUAUGUCAAAUAUAUUCGGUUCUGUAAUGACUGUUCUUGUUACUUUAAAACUAGAUUUCUGCUUUAUCAUAGAAGAAGAGGGAAAGAAUAAUUUCUUAUAUAUGUCUUUUUCUAAACACCGUGUGAAACGAUUUACUGUAGUUCUGUCUUUUACAAGUAUAAGAAAACAUGUUGAUCUAAUUUGUAAUACUAGUCAGUGAAAUAUAGUGUAACAGGUUUGAAGAUGGACUAAAGUGGAAAGAAAUCUUUUCAAGUAAACAGUUUUGAUGUUAGUGUUCCAAAUAAUUAAAGUCUUUUAAUAAUGAAUGGUUUACUUUUAUUUU